CUUAAUCUGUGAUAGCUGUUUUGUGGCUGUCGGCUUUUCUAAUCACAAAUGAUUUACCAAAAUAAGAUUUAUUAGUUGGAGACACUGAAAUAAAACCGGAUUAAGCUAACAAAAGUGCAUUUAAACACGAUGAGUAUUACUUAUUUCAUAAUACUGAAAACUAAUUAAACAUUGCAAAAAGCGGCACUGGAUUGCCCACCAAAAUGUCGGGGAAAUCAUAUACUAUGAAGGAGAUGAAAGCUAUUGUGGAGUACUUGACUGAGCACCGAGCAUAUGGUGAUAUCAAAGGGAGAAAGAUGUGGAUGAACUUAGCAAGUUCCAAAGUAACCAAUAGAACAUGGCAGAGUUUAAAGGAAACAUUUCUAAAGCGCAUACUGCCUGAUAUUCACAAUCCCUAUUACAAGUUGACUCUUACUCAGAUAUCUAGUUUUCAACAAGGACAUGACAUUGAAGUGAGACUAAAUAACAAACUGCAAAUUCGCUCAUCUAGUCAAAAUUCAGAUACAGAUGGUGAUAUUGAAAAAGAUGCAGAUAUACCUGGGACGAGUAAUGGAAAAAAUGAAGUAAAAACUGCAGGUGAGGACCAUAAACUGUCAAAUGCCAGAGCAUCCACAGAAACACUUGUGUUAGAAAAUUGUUAUGAAAAUGCAGAGGAAAUAAGAAAAGAUUUGCAGUCCCCAGUUGAUGAAGUUGAGGGCACAAAUGAAAUGCAACCUACUAAAUCUAUGAGAGAACUUAUAACAUAUUCAGAACCACUAACACCUAUGAUACAAAGUGUUAUUGAUGAUUUUGUGACAGAUGAUGAAGAACGUGAACCUCAAAUGCAAAUUGUUGAAUCAGAAAAUACAACUGAUAAAAAUGAAGAUAAUUCUACAGUUGAAAUUUCUGAUUCAGAGGGUAAUUACAUACGUGGGAAGACAAACCAAAUACUGGCUAAAACUUCUGACCCUGAUCACACUCAAGCACAUAAUGCAAAAGAACAAGCAAAGGACCCUUCGGAUACUAAGGAAUCGGAAGUUGAAAUUGAAAAAUCCUCGGCUUUAAUGACUGAAUUAAAUGACACAACUAUUGAAAACGAUAGCUCUAAAGUAGAAAUUUCUAUAAGGGACAACAUAAAAAGUCUGUCGGGAGUAACCCAGAAUAAUUCUGUCAACAUUGCUGAUACCCUCUUACCUGGAAAUCAAGAAGCCUUUGACGAAAAUUUAAAAAAAAUACCAGAUAAACAUAAUCUACAAAAUGGUCGUAAAAGGGCUAGUUCUCAGGAUCCCGAACCGAAGAGUGUGAAAAGGAAACUGUCUAAAAUGAAAUCUAUAUCAGAUACUGAAAAAUCCAAUUCAACUAAAGGGUUCGUUUUUAAGAAAUCAGAGUUUUCAACUCUUAAACAAGCUCCACCUGACGUCACAAACGCAACCUCUUUGAAUAUGGUCAAUGAAAAAUCUGAAAAUACGCCAACCCAAGAAGAACAAGCUGUGGAUAAUUCACAAAACAAUAUAACGAAAAAUGCCGCUGAAAUCGAAAAUCCUUGUUUAAAAAAUGUAAGCUUAUAUGAUGAACAAUUUUCAACCGAAAAAUAUACUGAUUCUGACACAAGCAACAUGGAACAUGACAAAAAUAAAAAAGGACGCAGAACUCAGAUGAGAGACAAUAAAGUUGAAAACCUAGAAGAUGAAAAAAAUAUAUCAGAAGAUAAACAUAAGCAGAGUGACCGAAAGGGUGAAAAGAUGAGUGAUAAAAAUAAGAAAGUAGAUGAUACAAAGAAAUUCAAUGAUGAUAAUGUUAACAAAAAUGCUAAAAAUAUGAAGAGUAUUUAUAAAAAUUACGAAGUAAGUGAUAAAAAUGGACAGGAAGAUGCCAAAGCCAAAUCUACUACUUGUCAAACAAAUAAGCAUCAUAUCAGUAAUAAGGCUAUUCAAACUCGUUCAAAAUCUAGGUCUUCCAGCGAAUAUGGUGAUGAUCCAGUGGUAUUAGGUAAAAAAAGACAUAUAAAGCUACAGAAAAGAGAAAGAGCCUUAGAUCAUAUGUUGGGAUUUGCCAGUGGUGGCAAAAAACCAGUUAAAGGUGCAGGCUACCGCAAUCGUACCACAUCGCAAUCUCAUACAUUUAAUUACGGCAACAUGAGCACUGAAUCCAGCGAAUGGACUUCUGACACCGGCUCUGAAAUGAUCGUGCCGCAGCGGCAUUGCUCCAUGAAGAGACGUACCAGGAAAUACCUGAAGCCCAGAUCAGCGCGAAUUCUGUCACUAGAAGAGGAAGGUGGACUGUUUGUGAUGUACGGGAGAAAAGUAUACCCUGUUGUUCAGAAAGGAAAACUAGUUAAAAACUAUGUUACUUACACGCAAGAAGAUGAUGUAGAAGAGACAUUCUGGAAAAUGAAAUAUGUGGAGGAAAAGAAGAAGACUGAUGAACUAACAAAGAUGCUGAAUGACGCUAAAGUGGAUAAACCCAGCUCCAAAGUAGGGGAAUCCAGCAGCAAACAAGAAGAUUCCAGCCGAGUUUCGCCAGUGCAGCCAACAACGACACCAACUAGUAAAAGCAGUGCACAUUCAAGACAAGAGGACACUAAUAACCAAGUGGAAACCAAAACUGAUUCAGUAACCAUACCUGCUGUUCAAGUUCAAGCAGCAAACCCAAAUCCAGAACAACAGAGGAAAACUGUUAGAAUUAAGUUUAUAAAAAAAAAUCAGGAGGUGGAACUAGAAGGUCACUGGUCACAACUCAACCCCGUACUGGACCAUGUUGCACAGCUGUUCCAAAAGGAAUCGGAAACCAUAUCAAUAAGCAGUUCGAGCUCCAAAAAAGAGGAAUCACCUGCAGGUGAACCCCUGGUGGAAAGUGGGAAAUCGACUCCAACUGAUGAAAUAGUACAAAAAGUAAACCAGAGGGAAAUUGAAAUUGCACAAGAAAUCGAAAAAUACUACAAACAAGAGAAUAUUGCUGCAGAAAAUCCUGCGGAGCUUGAGCUCAAUGUUACAAAACGUAAAGGCAGGCAGAUAAAAUCGCCGUCCGCGUCAUCUAGUAUAGCAAAGAGGGCUAAACUAGACGUCGAAGCUAAAGCAAACGAAACAGCCGAAAAGGCCUCAGCAGCGGAAGAUAUAACAACGAAGACACGUAGAACUAGAGCGUCUACAAAUUCAUUAUCAGAAACAAAUCAAACUUCGUCUUCGGAAGCUAAUCAAACUUAUAUACGAACAAGGAGGAGUACGUCAAGAAUAUCCCAAGACAAGACAGCUACAAAGCAAGACGAAGAAGUCAGAUACAAAUUCCCCUCUAGGAAGUCUUAUGCAAACAAAGCCCAAUCAAAAGUGGCCAAAAAUACGCAGCAAAGAAAAAGUAAAAGCGCAACAAAUUUGGUGUCUUCGUCUGGAAAUGUACUUCAAACCAUAGAAACAACGCAAGAAUACCCUGUCUCAGAAUUCUGUCCUUCACCUAUAUGUAUUAAUGGAGGGAGUAAAACAUGCUUAUCUUUUUCGACUCAUACUAAACGGCACUCCACAACACGUUUGCAACAAAGAACCAAUCACAAUAUUACUGAUGAUAUUACCACCGAAUCUAGUAAUUCAUUUCAAACUGCUCGCAUAGAGUCAAUGACUUUUCAAAAUUCGACCAUAACAUCUGAAAUAUACAAAUCAGAAUCAUAUCGAUUACUCAUGAACAAUGAUCCAUCUCACACUAAAAAUACCACAAAGUUGCAAAGAAUUGAAGAGACCAGUCUUGCGUCUAAAGAUUUUGACCAAAAUAAAGAAGCUUUUGAAGCAAUUGCCGCAAGUGAUAACAUUGAUUUAGAUAAUAAAGAAAAUGCGUUAGAAUUGACCCAAGUUAAUACUGAUAAUGAAAAUUCAAGUAACGUCUCUUUGCCCACGUCUCCUGUUUUGUCUAUAGUUGAAAAUAUCUCGAUUAGUAAGACUAUGUUGAGUAGUAUGGAUCUGGAUGAUUUUCCUUUUGACGAUAAAGCAGAAGCCAUUGAUUCUCCAGAUCAGAUAAUGUUAAACGGACUUAUGACACCAGAUGUGGAUGUAACCAUGCCUUUAAUGGAACAAGAGUGUGGUAUUGAGAAAAGUAGCCACGAUGGUAAAGCAUAUCAUUACAACCUGAAUGUUUCUAAAACCAUCCCCGCCGUAUCAGAGUCGUUACUAAACCAAAUAACUACAGUUAACAUAGGCGAUCCUAGUUUGUCUGAAUCUUUGAAUGUUAAGCUCAAAGAUUUACUUUUAGAAAGCACUAAGAAAAGAUUUAAAAAUAAGGAUACAGUUAAAAAGAAAACGGAAGAUUUAGACGUUAAAGAUAAAACUGAACCUAAAAAGGAUAACUCUAGGAAACGUAGCUCCACGCCUCGUAAACGUCAACGCAUACGUGAGCCAACAAUUCCGGAUACCGAGCCUUGUCUUGUGGAAGAACAUAUAGAAUCUUGUAGGCAUGGCCGCCAAUCAUGUCCACCUGUUAUACUAAUAUCUGAUCACGAGGCCGGUGCGAUAAUUACCCCAACGGAAACGGCACAAUUUAUCACUACAAGAAGAAGAAAUAAGAAGGACAUUAUUAAAGUAAAAAUACUUAAACCAAAAGCUAAGACGCAAGAUACCUCUUCUAAACAGAGCGACAUGGUUGACUUUACUGAUAGUGGCAUAAAUCACACUGAAUCGGAUAUAAAACUGCACGGUUUAAAUGACAGUGUCGACCUUAUUCAUAACCAUUCCGAUACUUGUCUAAAUGCACACGAAUGUAUGGGGGACAGUGUUAAAAUUAUAGACAAUUCCGCCAGUUCGAUUAUAUCGCUAGAUACAAAUUCUGCUCAUUCUGAUAUAAUUGUACGACAUAGCACAGUGGGAAACCUAACGCAAGAACUAUUCAGUAGUGAUGCUCAAGACGGGUCCGACGUUAUUAAAGAAUUUGAUUUUGCAGAACCUAGGCAGGUAAACAGCGAGUCCACCACAGUCUACCACACACCCCUCGGAACACAGUCUUCGCCCACAAGUAUUAUUACAGAUGAUUUAUCUGACGAAGUGCCAGAAGAACCAGUCCAAAACAAAAGAUGGUACCUUUUUUCUGAGGACGAAUCGUCUAAUACCAAUUGUUUUAAUAAAAAUUCGAAAACCUUUGGGUGCGGCGCAAAUUUGGAGCAAAUCUUUCCAGUAACGUGCGCAAUUCCUGACCUUUCUACUAUAACAGAAAUAUCCAGAGAAAAUGGAGACAGCAAGAAAUUUUGUGAUGAUACUAAUACGAGAGAUCGUUUAAAUUCACCAAGUAUAUUUAUUUAAAGAAUAAUAUUUUUAUAGUUUGAUAGUAAUUAAUUAAU